GUGAAAAUCUGAGAUAAAUGUUCAUUCAUGAAAAUUAAAACUGAAUUCUUGUUAAAUUGCUUUUAAUGUCAGUUUUAAAUCCUAAGUUAAAGUAAGCAGCGUAGUUAAAGUGUCUUUAAAUAAGUUUUACAACAAAAGUGUUCAGGAAAUGUUGGAAUGGAACGAGAAAUCAAAUUAAAAAUCUUUUGCUAUGGAACAAAAGCUGCGUGAUGAUAGUGAUUAUCAGAAUUUAAGAAACGACCCAGCCAACGAAACGAUAAGUCAAUUGGAAUCUAAAAUUGAGGAACAAAAACAAUUAAGGCUACAGGAUGCAAGACAAGUUGAGUUAAAAGCAGCUCGAAUCAAAGAGUGGGUUACAAAUAAACUUCGAGAACUCGAAGAUCAAAAUCGCUUGCUUCGUGAACAAAAUGUUAAAUGUAAUCAACAGCUGGAUCUUUUAAAGAAACACAUUGCAACAACACAAAACACCCGCUACAACACUCAUCAAUCAAUUCGUUCCAGUCUCAGUCUCUCAUCCGAAUAUAGAAAUCGUGGAGAGCAUCGUCGUAGUGAAUCAUUGGACACGAAAAUUACUGGAAAACAAUUAUUUCUUUCUAGUCAUCCGCAAUAUAAAAGACGGUCUCAAAACUACGCCAUGGAUCCACAGGAUCUGAUCAGUAAUUUUAAUGUUGAAGGACUGAAUCUCAUCACUUCAAGUGGUAAUUCUAACAAUUCCGUUACACAUGACUACGCUGAAAUCUACACACCGUCAAUAGAAAAGACGCCUUCAUGGAUGAAAACGCUCGCAAGUUACGGUUCGAGCUCUCCUACCUCAACUUCAGCUGAUUACGUGACAGCAAAACCACCGACACCUCCGCUUCAUCGCUUUCCAUCAUGGGAAGCAAAGAUUUAUGAAGUAGCAAAAGAUGGCUUAGGAGGUGAUGAGAGUGACUCUCAAGAUCAAGAUUUGUCAAGUGCUAAUAUGGACUCGUUGCCACGGACUCAGCAAGGAGCUGUCAUUGGUGGCUAUUGCGAUAUUAAUGUGCCAGUUUAUGCCACAGUUAAAGGACGAGCAUCUCAAAUUCGAUCGAUUCCUUUCUCUGGCGAUUCUAGUGAUGAUUCAAGUGAUGCUGAAGAACAUGUCGCUUCUAUUCCAUGCACACAAUUCAACAAUUCACAUAAUUCAAUGUGCACAGAUAACACAGAAACAAGCAUGAGUGGCUCAAGUCCCUCAAAAAGCUUAAAAACUUCAUCAAGCUUAUCACCUGCAAAACACCAAAGUGCUGGAUCCGACAGUCCUCAAACUAAGAACAACAAUAACAACAAGGAAGUGCUCUUUGAGAAUGACACAAUGGAUUAUGCAAUUCCACCAGAUGCUUUGUCGCAUUGCGAGUCGAUGCAUGCAUCACUACCGUCGAUGAUGAGAGCUUCUUAUAUUGAUUCACCGAAGAAGAUGGAAACAUUAGAGAAGUCUGGUCAUCUGGUGAAGUUAGGUGGAAAGUUGAAGACUUGGCGUAAGCGAUGGUUUGUUCUGAAGAAUGGAGUUUUGACUUAUUGGAAGAGUCAACAUGAUAUCAAUAAGAAACCUCAGGGAGAAAUCACAUUAGAUGAUAAUUGUCGGAUAAUUCAUGCCGAAGGAGCUUCCACAUUUGAGAUUGAUACUGGUAAGAAGAUUUAUUACCUGACUGCUGAUUCAAACGUUCUCAUGGAUGAUUGGGUUCGUGUAUUGCAAAAUGUCCAAAAGAGAAAUGCUGCUAAAUUACUGCUGAGCAAGGAAGAUCAGAAACCAACGGUCGAAGGAUGGUUAACGAAAGUCAAAAAUGGACAUGCUAAGCGUUGUUGGUGUAUUUUGUUAGGAAAAAUGUUUCUGUACUUUAAAACAUCGCACGAUACAAAUCCUUUGGGACAAAUCAAUAUGAGAGAUACGCGAGUCGAAGAAAUGCCAACAUCGGAUUCAGAUUCGGAAGAGAAUGAAGAGCAAAGUCAAAGCACAAAAUUGACAAUUGCAAUUCAUCCGCAACAUCAAGGUCCAACUUAUUUGAUAUUCAAAGAGAAACAAGAACGUGACAAUUGGUUGUAUCAUUUGACAAUUGUGUCAGGUGGUGGCCCGAAUUCUGGUACGCAAUUUGAACAGUUGAUUCAGAAGAUCAUGGAAGCUGAUGGUGAUCCGAACAAUGUUUUGUGGCGUCAUCCAAUCUUACUUUAUUCAAAAGAGAAUACAACGUCACCUUUGACUUCAUUAAAUACGGAAGAAUUACAAAAUGAAGCUCUUAAAUUAUUUAAGAGCUGUCAACUUUUCCUAUCGGUUGCUGUAAAUCAACCUGGCAUUGAUUAUCAUGUUGUGUUAGCUCAAAAUGCUCUUCAACAUGCCUUAGACAUGCCUGAAUUACAAAACGAGUUAAUUUGUUGUCUUAUCAAGCAGACAAGUCGUCAUACGGGACAAAAGAUUAGUACAGGGGCUGGCAUGCAGGUAAACACAAAGAAAUUGGGCAAACAAACCCGAAUUCCACAUAUUCCGGCCAUCGAUUGUAAAUCGAAUCCACCGAAUUUCACAUUCAAUCAAGCAUGGCAGUUGCUGUCACUUGCAGUUUCAUUGUUCGUUCCAAAGAAUAGUCGACUACUUUGGUUUUUAAAGCUUCAUUUGUCGAAGAAUUCUGUUGAUACGAAAACGGAAACUGGCAAGUAUGCUUCAUAUUGUGAAAGAGCUUUAGAACGAACCGUCAAGAAUGGAUCACGUGAAACAAAACCAUCACGAAUGGAAGUUCUUUCAAUCUUAUUAAAGAAUCCUUAUCAUCAUUCUCUUCCCCAUGCCAUUCCUGUUCAUAUGAUGAACGGAACUUAUCAAGUUAUAUCAUUUGAUGGAUCAACAACCAUUGAAGAGUUUCACUCGACCUUAGUUCAAGAGAUCGGUUGUCGUGAUUCGACAAAUGGGUUUACACUCUUCAGUGAUGAUCCUAUUGAGAAAGAUUUGGAACAUUACCUCGAUCCACAUGCAAAACUUUGUGAUGUUAUAUCGAAAUGGGAAACAGCAUUGCGUGAGAAAGGUUCAGGAAAGUUCGAAAAUUCACGAGUUAUUCAAUUGACGUACAAAAAUCGUCUCUAUUGGAAGCACGCAGUCAAGCUUGAAACUGAUAAGGAAAGAUUGCUUUUAUGUUAUCAGAUAAACCAACAAAUUGUUCAAGGAAGAUUUCCAUUGUCACGAGAUUUAGCGCUUGAACUUGCGUCGUUAAUGGCGCAAAUUGACAUGGGAGAUAUUGGUGAGAAAUUAAAGGGAACAUCGCUUCAAGCUGUUGACAAAUUCUAUCCAUAUCGAUAUCGCGACGUUUUAAGUCCCGAAGGCUUAAAAGAAUUGCAAGAAGUACUUGCAAUCAAAUGGGGACUUUUAAAAAGUCGUUCUGUCCUCGAUUGUGUUCGAAUCUACUUAACUUGUGCUCGUAAAUGGAAUCUCUUUGGUGCUGCACUUUUUCAAGCUAAGCCGCGUCAUAUGGAACAAGCCAUGGUAUGGUUAGCAGUUUCAGAAGACGCUCUUCAUAUUUUAGAUCUUUCAUCGAUGUUGCCAUUAGCACGCUACACUUACAGCUCUGUUAUGACAUUUGGUGGAUCUCAAGAUGACUUCAUGUUAGUCGUAGGACCGGAAGAUACAUUGAACCCAAACUUGGAACAGAAAUUAUUAUUCGCUAUGAGUAAACCGAAGAUUCUGGAAAUAACUUUGCUGAUUGCUGAUUAUAUGAAUGCGUUGGGUCAUGCACUUCCAGGAACACCUCAAAUGAAUACACUUACAAGAAAUGGAAGUUAUAGAAGUGCAAAAUCUAAAUUUGCAUCUUCAGCUACUGGCACACCAGCUCAUAAUACUUUGAAUUCGCAUACAUCGCAUACUUUAAACUCUUAUUCAAACACGCUUUAUUCGACAGCUCAUUCUGAUUAUCACAAAAAUUCACUUGAACAUGAUCGAUCUAAAUGAUCUUCAGCUGCUGUUUCCGCACAUUCAAAGAUCUGAAAAAACUUCAUGUGUGUAAACAGUCAAGGAACAAAUAUUUAAAUUGAACAAGAAAAAAAAAAGAAACCAAAAUCUUAGUUUGUAAGUUGAUGACAAUUUUUAAUUGACGACAAAAUUUCUUUCUGAUGUGUAGAUCUGUCACUCAAUAUAAAUUUAUAUUUCACAUGCUGUAAUCUCAAAAAAUAUUUAAUCUCUAUUUAAAAAGUUUAAAAUGGAAAAAGAAAGAUAAAAUGUGUUAGAAUUUUCAUCAGUUGAUUGUGAAAAGAAGGAAGGAAAAGAUAUUUUAGAAAGGACAAUAUGUUGAGUUGAAAAAAGUAUUAGAUUGUGUAUACUUACGAUGAAGGUUGAUUAAUAAUUCAUUAAUGCAAUUCGGAAGGUUUUCUGGGUUUCAUUUGUCAAUAAUUUGCCGUUUAGAUAAACUUCAUCUAUCUACUUAGAAAAUGUUUCGUUAAAAUCCUUAAAAACAUUUAAAAUUUUUAAAGAUUUCUUCUAUGCAGUAUUUUAUGACAUUUAUUUAAAAUUCUAAAGUUUUCACCUAUAUAAUUCUACAUUUUACUUAAACCUAAUUUUCCUUAUAUUUAAUGGUUUUGUGAUUUUGAAGUUGACUUCCCAAUAUCUUGUUUCGUUUGCGUUUUAUUUUAUGUAAGAAUGCUGUGGCUUUUAAAGAUAUUGGGCUUGUGGAUUUCUUUGAAUUUAAGAAUUAUAAUUUCUUUUUUAUUCUUGAAACCAUCAAUACUCCAAAUAAAAUGACAAAUUUUAUCAAGAUACAAACAGACAAAGCCUAAUUUACACAAAGUAGAACGAGAAAUAUGAAAAUCAUUGAUAAACAAAAGUAAUAUUAAUGAACAAGACUCAAUUAUAUCGACUGCUACAUAUAUAAAUUUGCAACUUAUAAAAGGUCAACUCAUUAUACUACAGAAUUUCACUUUCACUUGUGAGAAUUAUUAUGAAAUGAGUAAAUGAUCGAUAGUGAUAGAAAUUAGAUUUUAUAUCAAUGGUAUUUCACUCUGUUAUCAUUUCUCACUGAAAUUUUAUCACAACAGAAGAAGAAACAAAAAAAAUGCGAAUCCCAAGAACAAGAAUGUAGUUUAACAAAAUAAUUCUAAUAAAUCGAC